AUGUUCGGACAGGACAUGUUCACGAACGGCGCCGAAAACAAAUUGGCACGCAGGUUGAAAGCCGUAAGCGACACGGGGGUGCAGAAUUUGGCCCGUGUCGAUAAGCACCAGAUUUAUAGGGCCAGGAUGCAUGACACUAUGCACGCAGUCUAUGAAAAAGCGACCAGAAGUUACAACUUGAAGUCCCGAGAAAUAACAUACGCACCUGGACAGGAGAUAUACAAGCGUAACUUCAUCCUGAGUGACUUCGCAAAAGGCCGCAACGCCAAGUUCUGCCACAAGUACGCCAAGUGCAGAGUCGUUAGGGCGGUCGGAUCCAGUAUAUACGAACUUGAGACGCUACAAGGAGUGCCGUUGGGGAUAUUUCACGCCAAGGACCUGAAACAGUAG